GCACGACAGAGAAGACACACCUGGAUCAGCACUACACAGGUUAUUCAGCACGACAGAGAAGACACACCUGGAUCAGCUCUACAUAGGUCAUUCAGCACGACAGAGAAGACACACCUGGAUCAGCACUACACAGGUCAUACAGCACGCCAGAGAAGACACACCUGGAUCAGCACUACACAGGUCAUACAGCACGCCAGAGAAGACACACCUGGAUCAGCACUACACAGGUUAUUCAGCACGACAGAGAAGACACACCUGGAUCAGCACUACAUAGGUUAUUCAGCACGACAGAGAAGACACACCUGGAUCAGCACUACACAGGUUAUUCAGCACGACAGAGAAGACACACCUGGAUCAGCACUACAUAGGUUAUUCAGCACGCCAGAGAAGACACACCUGGAUCAGCACUACACAGGUUAUUCAGCACGACAGAGAAGACACACCUGGAUCAGCACUACACAGGUCAUACAGCACGCCAGAGAAGACACACCUGGAUCAGCACUACACAGGUUAUUCAGCACGACAGAGAAGACACACCUGGAUCAGCACUACACAGGUUAUUCAGCACGACAGAGAAGACACACCUGGAUCAGCACUACACAGGUUAUUCAGCACGACAGAGAAGACACACCUGGAUCAGCUCUACAUAGGUCAUUCAGCACGACAGAGAAGACACACCUGGAUCAGCACUACACAGAAUCCAACCUAGAAACAGCAAAAACUAUGGAACAAUCUACAGGAAGUCUCUCUAUCAUCACCUGGAACACUUGUGGUGUUAAACCAACAAAACACCAUCCAAAUAAGUUGAUUGAUAUAAUGAACUAUGGCAAGAAACAGAAAGCUGACGUAAUCUUCCUUCAAGAAACUCACAUUGGACCUAACUGCUAUAGAAAGCUGGAAAAACAUGGAUGGAUAGAGAUGGAAAGAGAUUGGACCUCUUACUUUCCAGUUUACUCUCCGAGUAGCAAAGGAGUGGCCAUACUGGUGAAUAAAAAACUAAAACCACACUAUGAGUACAUCUGCCAUGAUGAAGAUUACGCUGGUGGCUACAUUGUCCUGUUCUGUCAGAUGUAUGGUCAACUCUUCACUCUUGUGAAUGUGUACAAUCAUAAAACAGACAAGAAAGUACUGGGGAGGCUGUCACAGUAUCUUCAGGAGAUGAAGAUUGGCACUUUAGUGAUUGGAGGGGAUUUCAACACAGUCUUGGACCUUGACAUUGACAAGCGUACAGCAUCUGAACAUAGACGGCACACAUUCCUACGACCUCUCCUGCAGAGUUUCAUUUCCUCACUGAACCUCCAAGACACAUGGGCAAGACUACAACCAACAGAAGAAGCCUUCACUCAUUCUCAGGGCACCAGCCACUCCCGGAUAGAUAUGUUCUUCAUGCAACAGGACAAAGCCCCAUGUGCUCAGAGCUGUGAGAUUCACACUGACUCAGGGAUUUCAGAUCACAACCCUGUGUCUCUGAAGAUCCUCGUUCCUAAAAUAGGAAGCACGUUAACAGAUGUUCAUAAAAAGCUGAGGAAGUUGGGCGAUGGUGGACAAGAAGUCAAGAACAAAUUAGAAAGAAGAGCAGGAAAAAUCAGUGGAGCUGAAGUCCUAGUGGCGAUAAAAUCCCUGGCUGACUCAAGGGAAGAUGACCUCAUGGAAACAGAUACAUUAAAGCAUGAAUACAAUGAAAUACUCAGGGAGAAGGAAAUACCAGAGGGAUUCAAUAUGUCACUGAACCGAAAGUACAAAAUAUUUGCCACAAUACUUGCCAACCGUCUGCAGACGUACCUAGAACCCUCGUUCACAGGAAGUAUUAACAUACCACCAAAGAGUUCGCCAUACAUAGUUUACCUGGGCAGGCAACCAUUGAUUAAGUCAACUUUCUUAGAAGAGGCACUGCUGUCCAUUGACAAAAUUCAGUCUCCUCCUAAAGACUUCACAAUCCUAAAGCAGGUGCUUCCUGAGGACUUGGACAUCUUGUGGAAGUUACUCCCAAUGGUUGAAGGUUCCUCGGGUGACAAAAUAAAUCUACAGGAUCAAUGCCCCCUCACCCCAGCACUACUACACCUGUGUCUGAAGUACAUGAAGCACAGAAUCCAGGAGACAGGUACAGUCCUUAGUGUUAGCCUUCAAAGACGGAGUCUUUUGAUACACAUGGAACAAGAGAAAAAGCGUUCGGUGGUCAAGGAACUCUCUAAAAUCAGAAAGAAGUCUGACCUGAGUUUAAGGUGUUUGAAGGUAACAUGAAGUGGAAGAUGGACAUUCAAAUGAAAUGAAACAUUCUUAGAAAAAUAUUAGAGAAACUGUUAUUGUUCAGCUUCACAAUGAGAAAAACAAAAUACCAUUGAAAAUAUAAGAAACAUAUAUCAAACUACAUCCAUGAAAUGUUGAACCAGUGAUCUCCAUACUGCAUGCUAUGGGACCUGAGCACCUGUUCAGCCAUCGGCCUCUUCAGUCAUCUCCAGACCCACGGCCAGCCUGCCAGACCCACACCACAACCCGGACUUGUGAUACCUGAAGGGAAAUCAUACUACGAGAGAUGGGAUCGCAAAGGAAGUAAAGAUGGGACCGAAGUGAAGGUCAAACCCAGAACCAAUCCUACAGAGUCAUCAGGUUAGAUCAUAAACAAUCAAAUAAGAGGAAUUAGACUUCAUAUCCAGGGAUUUUGGAUUCCUGGCCCUAUACAUUACUACCUAUAUAAAUGGAAAUGUAUUUUCAAACGUAUGGGUUAUUUAGAUGUAACUCUUCCUUUUUUAAAUCAUAUUGCUCUAUUCAUCGUGGAUUAUCUGUCUUGAUAGGAAUAUAAAUAACUACUGUACAUAUUAUACUCUAUAGAUGUUUAAGGUAACCUAUGAUGUAUGAAGGAGAAUUACUCCCAGGAGUAUGCUGUGCCUCAGUCUUAUCAGGGUUCUGCCGACUGUACAUCAAAUAUAAAUUCAACUCAAUAUUCUGUUGGGUUUCUCAGGUUACAAUGUCUUUGAAUCCACAAGGUCAUCUGAAGUCCCUGAGGUCUCAUUAUGAACAUACUCCUAUGCUUUGUACAUAAUAUAUAUGUCUUUCACAAAUACAUGUGUGUAUGUGUAUGUGUGUGUAUUGUUUACAUUUGUCAUGAUUUAGAACUUCCUGUAGUAAAACAAAGAAACACAAAUGAAGACAAAUAAACCAUGAAAAUUCACAAAUAGCAAACUAAAGAAAAUUCAACAGUCUUAUUGCAAUCAUUUUAUUUCCUCUCCUUGUAAAAAAGGGCUGAGAUUGCAGUUCAUUCUUCAUAGAAGAUAUUACAUUCUUCACAAAAAAAAACGAACACAAAACAACAUAUUUUUCAGAUGAACUGAUCGCAAUAAACUCUAAAUCUGGGAGCACCAGAUUUACACAACAUGGUUCCAGACAUCAGUGUUCAAACCCCUGGAAUAAUCAUUACAUUCCUAAAUAACCUGCUUAGACCAGACAAAACGAUUUAAACGUCAUUUAAAGGAUAUUGUUAUCCAUAUGUGUGAGUAAAGUAAUACUACAGAAUCCUCUUCAUGAGUUAGUUCUUACAGGCACAACUAUGAGUCAACAUAUUGUAAAUGCUGUGACAAAAGACAACAUUAGAAUGUGGGAGAAACUGCAGCCCAGGAAAGCCUUUAUUUUGUCAUAUUAAGGGGGGGAAAUUGCCAACUAAUUAUGUUAAUUAAAUAAUCAGAAGGAUUUAAUUAAAUCUGUACUGUUUUGGGGGGGAAUAAAUAAAUAACAAUCAUUUCAGUUAAGCCUUUUGAAAACCAAACACAACAUUUAUAAUUGUUAGCUUCAUGAUAGAUUUUGUAAUCAACAUAGUUAGUACACUUUAGUGUUCCCUGAUAUUUAUUUUAUGAUAGAAAAAUAAGAAAUUAAUUCAUAAAUGUCUUAUCUAACCAACAGAUAUUAAUCAGAAAUUACACAAUCAAAAUACAAUGUAAAUAUAUUUUAAAUUACAUUGAUAAUAAAAUGGAAUUUAUGUUAUUUGUAAAAAAUAAAAUAAAAACUGAUGUUUUAUAACCUUAAAACAAUACAGGGUAACCUGUACUAAAGAGCAGUUAAUCUUGAUAGAGCUACAUGUAUCACCGAAUUGAGUUGAUCUACCCUGUUAAAAUUAACAGAUAUUUUCAGAAUGUUUUAAAUAAUCAAAAUGGAUGCCAACACGUCUGGACCUCUACAAAACAUCAAUACUUAACUGAAAAAAAACAAAAAGAUUCUUUACUGCACUAAAACAAUAAGCUCUAUUCAAACAUAAAUACCAACUUUAGGCUCUCCUCUUGGUGGAGGGUCUCAGCUGGUUAAGAGCUCGGUGUGUGUGCCAUCAUUUUUUGAUUGCCUUUUAAGACAGAAGAAGGGGGUACUGGGGUACAAGGGGAAGGAGUGGGGUGAGUCCCAAUGCUAGAACAAGAUACGGAAGGGUGAUAGAAACCUCCCUCCCCCCUCCAAAUUCAAUCUCAAUCCGGAAGGUAAACCACCAGCUACAGGUCCAGUUUAUCACAGAUAUGGUCAGAUUACUCCCACAGAGUAGCAGGGUCUAUUCUCCAAAGAGAGAGAGAGAGACUCAUACUAAAAGUGAAAAUACUUCAAUAGAAAAUGACUCAAGUAAAAGUGAAAGUCACCCAGUAAAAUACUACUUGAGUAAAAGUGAAAGUCACCCAGUAAAAUACUACUUGAGUAAAAGUGAAAGUCACCCAGUAAAAUACUACUUGAGUAAAAGUAUUAAAGUAUUUGAAUUGAAAUAUACUUCAGUAACAAAAGUAAAUGUAAUUGCUAAAAUAUAUUAAAAGUAAAAGUAUAAAUCAUUUCACUUUCUUUCUAUUAAGCAAACCAGACAGCACCAUUUUUUUCUGGAUAGUCAGGAACACACUCCAACACUUAGCCAUAAUUUGCAGUCGAAGCAUGUAUGUUAAGUGAGUCAGCCAGUGCAGAGGUAGUAGGGAUGACCAGGGAUAUUUCUUUGAUAAAUGCGUGAACUGGACCAUUUUCCUGUCCUGCUAAGCAUUCAACAUGUAACGGUACUUUGGGUGCCAAAAAAUUGCUUAAGUAGUACUUUAACAUAUUUUUACUUAAGUACCGUAUUAUCUGUGACAAACAUUUCAUCAGGUGAGAUCAUAAACCAUGAAAUAAGAGGCAUUACACUUCAUAUCCAGGAAUAUGGGAUAUCUGGGCCUAUACAUUACUACCUAUAUAAAUGGAAAUGUAUGUUUUUAACAUGUAGUUUAUUUAGAUGUAACUGUAUAUGUUUUAGCCCACGACCCCAUUUUGAUAUCUGAUAAUUGUCCCCAACCAUGUGAAUUUUUAUUUAUUUUAAUUAACAGCCAAUGUUUACUUGUUUAUUUGGGGCUAUGGCAGCCAAUUAAAAACAUUCUAUCAGUA